AUGAACCGUCUUAUGUCCGCCGGCAUGCCCGGUGCCGCCCCCGCCGCGGGCGACGCCGCGCAGGUGGACACCGCGGAACAGGUGUACAUCUCAUCCUUAGCGCUGCUCAAGAUGCUGAAGCACGGCCGCGCCGGUGUACCCAUGGAGGUUAUGGGACUGAUGCUCGGGCAGUUCGUCGACGAUUACACGGUGAAGGUGGUCGACGUGUUCGCGAUGCCGCAGAGCGGCACGGGCGUCAGCGUCGAGGCGGUCGAUCCGGUGUUCCAGACGAAGAUGUUGGACAUGCUCAAGCAGACAGGGCGCGAAGAGAUGGUGGUUGGGUGGUAUCACUCGCACCCCGGGUUCGGGUGCUGGCUCUCUGGGGUGGACAUCAACACGCAGCAGUCAUUCGAGCAGCUGAACCCGAGGCUGGUGGCGGUGGUCAUCGAUCCGGUGCAGAGCGUCAGGGGCAAGGUCGUGAUCGACGCGUUCCGAUUAAUCAAUCCGCAGACGAUAAUGCUUGGGCAGGAGCCGAGACAGACGACGUCGAACCUCGGGCAUCUGAACAAGCCGUCGAUCAGCGCGCUCAUUCAUGGCUUGAACAGACACUACUACAGCAUCGGGAUUUCGUACGCCAAGUCGGUGCUCGAGGAGAAGAUGCUGCUCAACCUAAACAAGUCCAACUGGAGCGCAGGUCUGAAGGUGAACAAGUUCGACGACACGGAGACAGAGAACGAAAAGGUCGUGCUCGAGCUCAAGGAGUUGGCCACCAAGUACGAGAAGGCGGUCGUUGAGGAGGACAAGCUCACGGCGCAGGAGCUCAUCGUGAAGAACGUCGGUCAGCAGGAUCCGAAGAAGCAUCUCAGCGCUAAGGUUGAGAAGUUAAUGUCGGACAACAUCGUGCAGACGCUCGGGGUGAUGCUGGACACAAUUUGUUUCUGA